AUGGCUGACCAAGACUCAUGCCCGAUUUCCUUGGAUGAAAUAGAUGCUUUAUCCAACCUGCGAGAAGGCAUCCGAAAGUUACGAGAGUUAGGGAUAGACCACGCUGGAGUGAAAAACGUGGCCGACGUCGUCCUCAGAUUGAGAAAAUUCCUGAAAGAACAUGGAAUAGGCAUGGCUGAGGACCCACUAAAUGCCGCUGAACUGAUGGCAGAUGCUUUGGAGGAAGAUAAGGUGACAAGACAACAGCUACAAGAAUUUUACAAAGACACCAUUGAUUACAUUUCUGGUUUACCAGAAAGAAGAAGACAUGACCUGAAUCAAAACAUUCCGCGUGUGGAAGAAAGAUUACAUGAAACCGUUGAAGAACUAUCUAAAAACCAAAGUGGGAUUUUAGUAGCAGGUGAGACCGGUGCUGGUAAGAGUUGUUUGUUGAAUCUACUCCUUGGGGAAGAUCUUCUUCCAACGGAUUUCUUCAGUUGUACCGCCGUGCUGUGUGAAUUAAGGUACAUCUACGUCAUUAACAGCAUGGUGGCUGGAGGAGUGCAAGACGAUAGGCUUCAGGAUCUUCUAAGUGAGGCAGUUCGUGGUAAAUUGGACUCUGAAGAAGAAGAUACCGGUACUGAAAAACUCGCUUCAGGUGCUAGACUGUUCGAUCCAUCAACAGUCAUGUUUGUUCUCAACAAGUGGGACCAGGUGCCAGACAAAGACAAGACUUAUGUUUUCCAAGACACUCUUCGCAAGAUACAAAAGAUCUGUGACGGCUUUACUGCAGACCAGCUUUUCCCGUUGUCGGUGACAAAGGCUCAAAGUGCACUAAAACAGGGCUGUGCGACACCCGAGUUCUCCAAGUUUCUUGUUGGGCUGAGGAAACUUUUUCCCAAGACCCUCAAAUCAUACCAGGAGGUUAAAUACCGAUUGGUGGUCCACAUUCUGCGUAGGUCUGCUUUUCAUCUUAAGACAGCUUUAAGCAUCUUUGAAAGGCCAGAAGAGCUCGAACUAAAGGCUGCCGAAAUCAUUCGACAGAUUGAACAAAUAAAAAAAGGUGUUGAAGAAAUGCAUUUUGAAUUACAAGGCAUGUUAAAUACAAAGGCUCAGCAAACUGUACAGCAAAUCAAAGAUUACCUGAAUAUGAAUAACGAACGUGUCCUUAAAUGGAAAGACAGCGAUUGUCCAAAGCCAACUGAACGCUGGGAUGACCUUUACCAGCAAGCUAAUACCCUAGUCCUCGGUAGAAUCCGCGAACUACUGGAGGAAUGGAACACCGACACGGAGUUCUUUAAAAAUGCACAGAAGGAGAUCAUAGAGAACUUCCACGAAAAGUUCAACACCAUAGAGAACCAAAUUGCUCUUUUGGAAGGUCAGUUAACCGGCAACGAUAUGCUUUUAGUCGAGGAUGCAAACCCCACAGACUUAAAAGACGGGGAGGACACUGCUACUUUCACCAUAAGUACCACUGCGAAAGUCAUCAUUGGCGUCACUUUUCCAUUAUGGUUUCCAAUAGGUGUUGCAGCUGCACCUUUCCUUGCCCCUUUUGCCCUUGAGAGCGUACUAAAAAAGCUCAAAGAGAAGAAACAAAUCAAAGAGUAUAAAAAACACAAAGCGGUAGUUAUGGAAAGUAUAUCAGAAAAGGUACUCGAAGAUUUUAUCGAAGGUAACCUUUUGAGGAAAGUGAUGGGGUACUUGAAAUCUGCAGUUGCCACGUGGGAUAAUAAACUGAAAUCUAUUCUAAAACUCCUACAUGAUGAUCUUCUGCUCACGAAAGGAUUGCUAAGUGAGAGUCAGACAGCGGAAUUAAAGUUGCAACUGUAUCAGAAAGUUCUCCAACGGAAUGAUGCCUUACAGGGAAAUCUAGGGUUGUUGUACGUGACAAAAAUCCGGGAAGACAUCAACGCAAAUACGGAAAUACAUUGGAUCUUGCCUGCUGUUGCCGCUGGUUCGUUUGGCGAAAACGAAUUUUAUGCAGUCACCCUUCUAUCAAGAAACAACAUGAAAGCAACGGCUAAGGUGAUGAAGCAGUGUGCAACAGCAGAGAACGUGGGUGAAGCUAUACUGGAGGAGGAAAUUUUGAGGAGACUUAAUAGAACCCCAAACAUCAUCAAGUUCGUAGGAACCAGCGCCAUCAUAGAGCCAGAUGGUAACAGGCGCCUUGUCAUUUUAAUGGAGUAUUGCCCCCAAACCCUGGCAUAUAUGUUUAGUGCAGAUGUAGCAAGUCCCAAAGGACGACAAGAGAUCAUAAAUCCUGGUUUGAAGCAGCCGUUAGAUCCUGGUGUUGUGCGUUCCUUUGCUGACUUUGGUGGGCAAAUAUGCACUGGAUUGAAAUACUUGCAUUCUCUAGGAUACAUUCACCGAGACUUGAAACUGGAAAAUAUAUUGGUAACUGACGAAGACGAAGUUAGACUUGCUGAUGUGGGACUGACAAAACGACAGUGUGACAUCACUGGUACACUAUGUGGAAGACUGGUUUACAUGGCACCAGAAAUUUUGAAGAAGGAAAAGUACGGAGCACCUGCAGAUAUGUACACGUUUGACUGGUCACCAAUUAUUACCCUGGAGGGUUUUACCCCACCUCUACCUGAGUGGUGUCAAGAGCUAAAAAAGCUGCUUUCCCCUACACCAUCUGAGAGACCAACAGCAAAAGAAAUGGAGAGAUUCCUUGCAAAAGCAAAAGACACGAUUGACAAAAGAUGA